UAUUAUACACGUACAUUGAAAAUGAAUAGUACUUAAAAAAACGAUUUGUACACAUAUUAACUUUAAAUAUGUAACUACAAAGAAAUAAUACAGUUUAAUUUGAAGUGUGGUGAAAUGAUAUUUAGAAAAAAAUGGGCAGUAACACUCUAUAUGUGUGUAUCAUUGAAUAUUAUUCUCAUUUUCUCCGAAGAUAAUUAUCCAACUGAUGUAGGUGAAAAUUUAGAAUACAACUUUCAAGAAACAUCACAAGGAUAUUGUGCAAAUGAAAAUUUUAUUUCUUUAAUUCACUCAAUAAAGAAAUGUGGCGUGGAAUCAUUUAAAAAUUCAUAUACAGAAUCAAAUGAGUUAUCUAUAAAACCAACACCAACAUGUGUAACAGAAUGCAUCGCUGCAGAAGAUUACAUUGAAUCAACAACUUUCCAAGUUUAUGUCACAACUCCAACAGUAACAAUUACACAAAACCCCAAAACUAAAUUUACUGAUACAAGAAGACUUACUAUAAUACAACCUAUUAUCAAGACAACACCUCCAGAUCCAAUAACGUCAACUCAAAUAUGUGCCAAUAGUACUCCGACCCUUAUCAGUACAGUUGUACCAACAAUAGCAGCAUCACCCGUAACUGAACAUACUGGGAUAAUAGAAUCGAAACAUACAUCAGAUUGCACUGUUACAACUAUAGAUAUAACAAAAACAAUACCAUUAUAUUUUAUCACAACUACGGCAAUUGAUGGCAGUUUUGAACAACGUAACACAUUUGUAGUGGUAGAUUCAGUAACACCAUCUUCGCCAAGUAAUAUAUCCGCAACAGCUGUUGUGUAACGAAGAUAUUAAACUGGUAACAAACAUA